AUGGGUUGGCGUCUAACCGACUUAUUCUCCACGUCAGACUCGUCGUCAUCCGCCACGUCACGCUCUCAGCAAACCGCCAGCAACGUGUCCUCGUCGCCCUCCGCCGCUUACGUGUCAUCCACACCGUCAGCAGUCCCAUCAGCAGCCGCGCCUGCGGUUCCUGGAGGGGCGGUACCCGCACCGACAUCUCGAGCCGCGUCUGGAGCCACGUCUCAAGCCGCAGGGGUUAGAUAUGGGGUCGCAUCUGGUGGCGCUGUGCUGCAAUUCGUAUACGCCAUUGCGGUGGUGGAUAGAAUUGCGUACACCAUGUUGGUUGUGCGUAGAGCUCUGGGAUUCGCCAGGGGUUUCCCGCUGCUGAUCCUCUUCGCCCACGUGGCAGCGCUGCUGCUUGCCACGUGGAUGGGCGUGUGGACGUUCGGAGUGUCAGGGAUCAUGGCGCAGGACCAAGCGAAGCUGGAACGAUGGUGGAUAUUACUGCUCUUCGCGAUGAGCAUAUUCUGGACGGCGGCGGUUGUCUGCAACAUGGUGCACGUGGUGACAGCUGGCGUGAUGUCAGCGUGGUUCGCCGCCAGCUCAGCAGAGCAGAACGCCAGCUCAGCAGCAGCGGGCGAGGCGGCUUCCGCAGCGGAGGAGGGACGGGGAGGUGCGGCGGUGCCACCUCAGCAGUUCCAGUUGGCGCCAGGGCGUGUCACUCUGGAGGCCACGUGGCAUGCUCUGAUUGGCCUUGGGAGCAUUUGCUACGGAUCGCUUUUCAGCCCUCCGAUUCGCGUGAUGCGAUGGAUGAUCCGGGGCGUGCGAGCGUGGUGCAUAGCCAACGAGUGCUUCUUCUUUAUCAUCAACCUCGCAUUCAACUUCAUCGAGGCUCUCACGCGGGCCUUCAAUGCUUUCGGCUUUGUCACGCUGGCAAUGUAUGGGAGGAGUUUCAACCGGUCAUCCGUCGAUGCAUGGGAGCUGUUUCAGUCGACAGGCGUGGAGGCAGUGAUAGCAUACGACCUCUCAGGAGCAGUGCUGCUGAUGGCUGUGAUGCUGGCGGCGAUGGUGGCAGGGACGGCAGCGGGCGUGUGGGGAUGGUUCGUGGCUCAAGAGCUGGUGGUGGUGAUUGGAGCGAUGGGGAUCGUCACAGGAGCAGCAAUGGCGGGUGUGGUGCUAUCGGUGGUGGAGGGAGCAGUCACAGCGACCUACGUCACAGUAGCAGAGGACCCCACUCUGAUUGGCUGCGUCGACGCCGAGUUUGCCGCCCAGUUACUCGACACGCUACACCAGCGGUUACAGCACCGCAGUGGCAAGCCGCUGCCGCCCAGCCUGGCUUCAGAUGGUCUUGUUGGGGGGGUGCCGGCAACAUGA